CGUCGCUUUUCUGGGGUGCGCUCUCCUCUCUCCCGCUCGCUUACUCGUAGAUCUGCUGUGCCGGGGUAUCCGCCGCUUCAUCUUCCGAUCAGCGACCCCUGGUCCCCCUCCCCAUUCUUCAGCAACAUGAGCCAAGACUCCCCCGCCACCUCUGUAUCUUGGCCCGGUGCCGAUCAGACUGAUCUGGCUGCUGAGUGUGCCCUGCAGGCCCAGACAUCAAUCGCCAAUCUCCUCCGAGAGUACGAUUGUCUCAAAGCCAGCUCCCGAGCUCUGGGUCAGCAGCUUUUCGAAACCGAGCAGGAGCGCCUGCGACUGGAGCAAGCGCUCUCCGAGCUGGGGACCGCACGCCAAGCGGACCUUCACUUGCUCGACGAGGAGCGGUCGGCCGCCGAGUUUGAGCGAGCUGAGUUUCUGAAAAAGGUUGAUCAACUCACAAGCUCGGCUCAUUCGCAUGAGGCUGAGUCGGAGCAGCUGAAAUGUCGCAUCGACGUCCAAACCAAGCUCGUUAUCGCAGCCCUGGGCGAUCAGCGUCAGAUCCAAGAUGGCUCCGCAACAAGUCAUUCCUGCGAUCUUGGAACCAUUGACGAAGGUCUUAGCCGCGCUUUGGAUGAAAACCAACAGCUUAUUCGAAACUUGAGCCGCUCCGUUGAUGAACGAUCUGCUGAAAUGUCAAUACUGCAGACUCAGCACCAAGUGGCCCUCGAGAGGCUGCAGGAGCGAUUCAGCAGCAGUCGGGACGAUAAAAUCAGGUCAAUGCAAGCCCUGGUCGAAGAAAAGGAGCGGCACUCAUCCUCUCUCCAGGAUCAGCUCCAGUCUUUACAAGCUCGGUCUGUUCAGCUGGAGGAGUCGCUGCAACUGCUCCAAGACCAGCUGGCAGCCCGCCAGGCCGAGUUCGAGGCCCGCACAAAUUGCUUGCAUGACCAACUUGCUGAAAGCACAGUGCAGAUCCAGAGCAAGUCAGAAGCACUUGAGGCCCUUGCCGUUGACCUGCAUGCGCAAAAGAUGGACAUGGCCUUACUCAAAGCCCAAAAUCAGGAAUCUACCGAGCAGAGUGCCCAUUGGCAUUCAGAGUACCUGGCGACGCUGCGCUGUCUUGACGCUGAGAAGGUCGUCUCUGCUGAUUUGCGUAGGACAAUUGAGACCCUUGAAGCCCGAAUCGUCGAUCGAGAUGGCGAGGUUGAGUUGCUCAGCGCACAAGUAGAUCGGCACUCAGCCGCCCUUGUGGAGAAUUCGACACAACUCAAAAUGGCCCAUGAGCAGAGACUAGAUCUUCAAGCUCAAAGUGAAUCAGCGCUCCAUACGGCUCGUCGAGAGCAUGAAGCGGCGACUCAGGCUCUCGCGAAUCGGCUUAGCAGUGUCGAAAGCGACCUUGUCUGCGCCUUGAGCGAAGUUAAGGUGUGGAAGGAUAAACGUGAAUCACUAGAGUAUAUUUCUGCGCUGGAGAUCCACGAAGCCUCCGUGAGCGAAAAAAUAGCGAAGCCUCUCGACGAAGUUGCCAACAAAUUUCUUCAACGCCGACUUUGUGAACUCGAACGAGAUAAAUCACUGGCACUCUAUGCCCUUGGGCUUUCAAAGGGGAUCCGCCAGAUCCAGAAGAAAGUGCGAAAGUUGGUGCCGCCUUCAUAUGUGAACCAUGACAUUAUUCAAGACUAUCCGGUACUCCGAUCAUUCGUCGAAAGCGCCUCGGACUCUGAGUCUGAUUCUGAAAGUGACCGCCUCUCAGAAUCGACAGCAUUCUCACAUGGCGAUGUCGUGCUGCCAGAGGCCACGGAGAGAUGUGAUCUCGGUGUUGAAACGUUCCCCCACCCCCAAGAUGAUCCAUCAACAUGUCCGUGCCCCUUGCCUGCACAGCUUGAUGCUGGCCUUCGUGACCUUGGCAAGGUGUCCCAUGCCAUGACCGAGCUCCAAACUGUCUUUAGCAUCUAUAUCGCUGAGAAAUCUCGACCUGAAAUCCAAGAGCAAUAUUACAAGCUGCAUAACGACCACACAGACCUUCUUUGCGAGUUUGAGACGACCCAAGCGCGGCUUGUCAAGCAGGAAAAGGAUCUUGAAAUCGCUCAUGACGCCCACAGAGAAUCGCAUCGCUCCAUAGUUUCGUUGAAUGAAAAGAUGGCAAGCUUAACUAAGGAUCUCCGCGAGAAAACCGAGACUAUUGAGGCGCAACAGGCCCAAUCGUAUCGAGAUUCGCAAGCCUGGAAGGAAAGGCUCGAUCGCGUCGCCCAUGAGGGCCAGACGACUCUUGCGGCUGCUCGCUCUCUUGCAGAGCAACAUCAAGCGGAGUUGGACGUUGUUCGACAGAACUGUCAAGAGAGAGAAGAGGAGAACGACUUACUGCGUGCUGAUAUUACCAAUAUCCGCGAUGCUCUCGAGGCUCGAGUCGCCGAACUUGGUACCACAGCGAAGCAGCUUCUCGAUUGCCAGAAAGACCUCCAAACGAACCAAGACGAGCUAAAAGAUCUUCGCAAAGUCCACCGUAAUCAAACGACUGAGCAUAUGAGCACUCUCGCAUCUCACCAAGCCGAAAUUGCCAUGCUGAAAGAAUCGAACGAAGACCUGAGAGCCUCGCUUUCCAAAGCCCAAGAACUGUCCGAGCAGUUUGAACAGGAAAGCACACGCUUCAAAAACGAAUCGGCCUCUCUGAGCGGCCGGCUGGCAGAGGCGACGCUGCAACUGACUCGAGCUCAUGAGCAGGCGGAUGUCCUGAGAAAGACCCUCGAAGAUGAGCAACGCAAUCAACAAGAUCUGAUCAGCAGCCAUUCACUGACUCAGCAGCAGCUGAUCGACAGUCAGAAUUGCGCACAAGCGGCUCAAGAACGUCUGGCAUUCCUCCAGGGAGAAUUACUAAUUGCCCAAAGUUCACUCGAUUCGGCGCUCACCAGUCAAUCGGCUUCUGCCCAGCUUCACGCACAGGAGCUUGAAACUCUCCGAUUGUCAGAGGACGCAGCCAAGGCUGUUACCAGAGCCUUGGAGAACCAAAUCGAAAUAGAAAAGCAUGAACGAUCCUCAGCGCUCCUCCGCGAGGCCGAACUAAAGAAUAGGCUCGAUCAACUUUUCAUCGAUCUAACCGAGUCGCAAGAUCGCACUCGACAGCUCGAAGCAACCUUAGGGCAAUCUCAAGAGACAGCUAGUUCUUUGAAUAUUCGCCUCGCUGAAGCGGAAAAUAGCAAUGCCGCCCUUCAGGAGGAGCUUGCGGCCGCCAAAACAUCCUUGUCCGAAUUGGCGGAAGCCAAGGCCAGUAUCGAAGCGACGUGCACACAGCUGCAACACACAUAUGAAGUAGAAACAUCCUCGCUCAACGAAAUCAUCAGCGCCCUCAAAGAGCAGCUCUGCGAGCAAGAUCUGGCCGUGUCGCAGGAGCGAGCAAUGGUCCGCCAGCUGCAGGAGAGAGUUGGUUUGCUCACAGAGCAGUACAGCCUUGCCGCAAACGAAUCGUCCGCGAUCCAAAGCAAGCUCGAGGCUCUCGUAACUGAACACGUCAACUCAAUUGAUCAGCUCAAGGUUCAGCAGGAGUCUACCAACGAAGAAGUUGCGGCACUCCGCGAAGCUGUACGCUCCGAAAAAGCGCAUACGACAGUGCUCGCCGCAGAGAACACCACCCUCCUGACUCAGCUUCACCUUCUGGAAACAAUUCAACUUGAGCUUCAGUCUGUCCAGACGGAGUGUGUCGAGCUUCGCCAGUCUCGUGAUGAGCUUAUGACCAAGCGCACGAGUCACCUUCAUCAAAUCGACGAACUAGAAAGUCUUGUGAAGUUGCGCUCUCAAGAAACGGAUCAACAUCUCAGCAAGUGUGCGCAGCUUCAGAGCUUGCUCGAAGCGAAAGAACAAGCUAUCGAAACCCUUUCCUCGGAGAUGAAGGCCCUCCGUGACUCGUCCGAAGCGCAGCUCAGCGCGCUUCAGGCAGAGCUUGAGUCGCAUCGAUUGCGGCUUGAAUCGUCGCUCAAGGAACAGCAGCAGGCCCUUCGGGAGCGGGACGAGAGCCGAGCACAUCACGCCCAGGCCUCAGCAGCACUCUCAGAUGUCGAGGCUCAGAUGUCGAAUCUCAGACAAUGUAACGAGGUUCUGACAGUAGAGUACGAGGGUCUCAAGCAAACCCACGAAAAACUCAUUGCCUUCAAAAAUUCUGAACUGGCUCGUCUGGAGCAGCAACUUGGUGCUUCGAUUUGCACCGGCGAAGAGCUCACUGCCGAGGCAACCUUAUUGAAGAACGACAUUGCGCAAAAGCAAAACCAAAUUGAUGAGAUCUCACUGGAUCUCGAGCGACAUCGCACUCGCGCUGAAGUGACUCGGGUCGAAUACAAGGCACUGCAAGAUGAAAGGGACAUGAAAAUUAUCAGCCUCGAGGCCCAGAUGACAGACUCGCUCUCCAAAAUCAAUGAGCUCCAAUCCCAGUUUGAGGAAUGUCGGCAUCGAGAACAAAAUGUCCAGAGCAAACUCGCAGAGGCUGAAGCACAGAUUCUCCAGCUCCAGCUCCGCCAUCAGCCCAGCCCGGCUAACGGUGCCGAGGACAUCCAAAAGCUCCAAUCAGACAAUCAGAUGUAUCGGGAAACGAUCAAAGCUCUGGGUGUAGCAAGUGAAGAUGCAGACCAUCGCGUUGCCCGCAUGCAGGAAAGACUUGAUGCUGUCCAGCGCCAGUUCGAGCUGGAAAGAGCCUGCCGUGAACGAACCGAAAGAACGAUGAGUGAGCUAGAGAGCAGAUUAUCGAUAUCUGGACGAUCAGAGAAUGCCCCACUCGUCGGAAUGUUGCGGGUCCAUCCCAUAUCUCCGCAGGAGAAACUCGAGGCCGCCAUGGGUGGAGCUGCAUACGACCUUUCUGCAGCAGGGGCGAGUCCAGAAGCAAGUCUCCACGAUAGCCUUGGAGCAAAAGCCAGGUUGUCUGGUCACCGAUUUACUCUCAAACGCCAAGGUGAUGAUCUUGAAUCCACCGUCAAGUCCGAGUUCCCGGAUCAUCGUCAAGCCGAGACAGUCGGUGGUCUUGCCAUGUCUGACACCAAAUCGCCCAAGAAAGCUCGGAUCGUCUCCGAUUCUGCACAUAUUGGCGACAAGUCCGAGGAGCAUUUCCCGGUCGCGACCACUACUCCAACAAAACCACCAAAGAUCGACGCCUACAAGAUCGCCAUUUCGUUUUCCGGCUUCAAGGAAGGCACAGAGUGGAAUGCGGCUCUGAAACAGAAAUUGGCAAACUGCAUCAAGCAACUGGGCAACGCCGUGAUUCUUCCCUCAUCCGAGGAGUAUGAUAAACGAACCACACAUCUGAUCAGCCCACCCACAUCCAAGACCGUCAAGGCAUAUUCGGCCUGUCUUAUGUCAAGUUGGGUCAUCCACGAUUACAACUGGGUUCUGCAUUCGGCUGCUCGGGGACGAUGGGUCGAGGAAGAUCCUUACGGCUUCAAGAGUACAGAGACGCCAUUCAAAGGCAAAACAUUCUUCAUCGCCGAUUCUUAUCGCGUCGAGAACGCAAAGAAAGAGUUCAGAAUUCGCUACCUGAAGCAACUUGUCGAAGACUACGGCAAUGGUCAUAUCGGAACUGAUGCUGCUUCGACUGACUUCAUCAUCCGGGCGGCAGACGAUCGAGGGCUCUAUGAUAAACCUACUCUGGACUGGAACCACUUUGUCCAGAUGAUCCCGCUCACUCCAAGCCCAAAGGCCAAAGCCCGAUCCCAAGACACAUGACGAGCCGCUGCCUCGCUUCACUUGCCAACAGUCGCCGCACAAUACAGAGCACCGUUCUCGUUUC